GGAUCCUUUUGAGUUGAACCCUUCUUUCCUUCAGGGAGUGUGGUGAAGUCGUGGCCAUUUCUUUUCGGCCGAAGAAUCGCUUGGCAUCGCCAGCAGCCACAAGUCUUUUCCUUGGAAAACACUUUUAACUAAUUCAUCAUGCCUCCCAAGUUUGAUCCUAAUGAAGUUAAGCAGGUUUACCUGAGGUGCGUUGGAGGUGAAGUUGGUGCCACAUCAUCUCUUGCCCCCAAGAUUGGUCCCCUUGGUCUGUCCCCCAAGAAAGUUGGUGACGACAUUGCCAAGGCUACCUCUGACUGGAAGGGUCUGAAAAUCACAGUAUGCCUCACCAUCCAGAACAGACAGGCUGCGAUCUCUGUGGUGCCCUCAGCCGCUUCGUUAGUAAUUAAGGCUCUGAAAGAGCCCCCACGUGACAGAAAGAAGGUCAAGAACGUCAAGCACAGUGGCAACAUUACCUUUGAAGAUGUUAUUACCAUUGCUAAGACCAUGAGGCCACGUUCCAUGUCAAGAAAGCUGGAGGGAACAGUCAAAGAAAUCCUUGGCACAUGCCAGUCUGUUGGAUGCACCAUCGACGGCAAGGCUCCCCAUGAUGUCAUUGACGAGAUCAACGAUGGAGGAAUCGAAGUUCCUGAGGAAUAGAUGUCCAUAGUGAGGCUUUGUUUCAAUAAAACUUUAAAAAAACAAACGAUCUGUUUUUAUUCCAUUUAACUAGGGUUGAUGCAAGUCAUGGGAAAUGGGAGGACGUUGGUCA